AUGGAGAUGGUAGCGGUUGCAGGUAGCAGCGAUGGUAGUGGUUUGCAGAAGGAAGGAGGGAUAGAAGGCAACGGAUAUGGGAAUUUUAUGGGUCAAAGGCCUAACAUUGAAACUAUCAGAGAGUUUGUGAAGAAUAAAUGGUGCUUUAAAGGGCAAGUGGAAGUUGUUGCUCUGCCUAAAGGCUUCUUCUCAUUUUAUUUUUCGUGUGAAGAAGAUAUUGUUGUGGUUCACUAUGGAGGGCCUUGGGUUGUUGGCAAGUCAUCAUUGGCUUUGAAGAAAUGGACUCCAAAUGGAACUAAUUUUGGAAGUUUCUUUGAAGUCAUCCCUGUUUGGUUCAGGCUUCCUGGGCUCCCUAUGGAAUUUUGGAAUGAAGAUGUGUUCAAAGGAAUCACAAGCUCUUUUGUGGAGUUGUUGUCACUAGACUAA